UUUGUAUCUUUUUGCGUGUCGCUCACGACGACAGGAAUCAACAAAGCAAAGACGACGACACGAGAAGCACGCAGCAGAGCAGAGCAUCAACACGGACACACGUUGGUUGUCUUGCUUGGGGAACAGUACAAGAAGAGAGAUAGAAGAAGUGAAGAAAGAAGAAGAUGUCGUCCUUGCUGGCGGAGAUUGCCCGCAAGAAGAAAGAGCUGCAACAGCUCGGCGUCACAGACGAGAAGCAAAAGUUUGUGCGGCGUCGUGAUAUCGAGAAACGCAUGGAAGAGCGUUACUUGGAGGCACAAAACGGAAAGAAGGCCGCACAGAACAGCCACGACGACGAUGACGAAGACAGCAACGCAGCAGCCAAGGACUACAACGAGGACGACGAUCUUGACAACGAGGAUCUCCCAGACAUUCCCAUGACAGAAGUUCGCAAGCGGCUGCGAGCGAUGGGCCAGCCCGUGCUGAUGUUUGGCGAGGACGAGAUACACGUGCGCCGGCGCCUCCGCAACUGUGAGAUCCAGAGCAUGGACCAGAUUCUCGAGCGGCAGCGAAACGAGAUGCAGGACGCCCUCCACAACGUCGAUGCAACAGCCGUCAACGACAUUCUGCGCGGGAAGACCGGGCUGCAGGAGGACACGGGCCCAAAGUACACGUGGGAGGAGAUGCAGGCGCUGGGCAAGCGGCUGGGCAAGGAGAGCGACGCAACAGAUAUGAAGCUGAUUCGCCGCUUCUUCAAGUUUCUGCUUGAGCUAUGGGGAAAAGAUUUGAACGAUCGGCCGAUUGAGAUCCGGCAGUCGUCGCAGGGGAAGCGCGCGAGUGCCAUCUACUACACCACCGCACAGAACAUGAAGCCCCUCUUCAAGAAGCUCAAGAAGAAGGAUCUCCCGGACGACAUUCUGUUCAACCUGCGGGAGAUUGCGCUGUCGAUUAUGAAGCGAGAGUACAUCCAAGCGAACGACGCGUACCUGCGCAUGUCCAUUGGCAACGCGCCCUGGCCCAUUGGCGUCACCAACGUCGGUAUCCACAGCCGUACCGGUCGCGAAAAGAUCUCCGCCCACAACAUUGCGCACGUGCUCAACGAUGAGAUGCAGCGCAAGUACAUCCAGGGGCUCAAGCGCCUGAUGACCUUUGCACAAAAGCGAUACCCCAACGUGCCCUCCAAGUGCCUCGAAUUCCAGGGCAUGGAGGACACGCUGUAUCCCGUGAGCAACGACCUGAAGAUGCGCGAGGUGGAAGAGGAGCAGACGGCGUGGCUGGAGGCCGGUCACGGCGCUGACAGAACCGUCAGGACAGACGUCGCUGCCACGGAAAAGUAGGAAAGCUCCCGCAAAUCGUCGUCAAGCGAUAUCGCACCGCACUCCUAACAGCGGUGGUGGUGGUGGUUUGGGGUGAGGGGAAGAUGGGUUGUGAGGCUGACUGCAUGUGCGUGGUGUGUGUGUGUGUGUGUGUGUGUGU